AUGGUCGAUCGUAUUUUCCUUGUUUCACAGCUCGACCCAGAGAGAAUUCAUUCCCAGAAUCUUCAAAUUUCUUACGAUUUCAAUUCUUUCUCUAUUUUUCUUUUCUUGAAAUUUUUAUUCCCUUUGCUUUUAACUUUUCCUUUUUUUUCUAUCCUUAUCCAUCGUUCAUUCGUGCUUCUCUCUUUCUGUGUGCCUUUCUCUUUUUUCUUCCUGUCCACCCCAAUGUACAUUUAUAUAGUUGACAUUUUUUUUAUUCUUUACUUCCUUUUUUAUUCUUUAAUUUCUUUUUUUUUACUUUCUUUCUUUCUUUCUUUUCAGAUAAUUUUUUUCUAUUAUGACUUACUUUUAUUUCUUCUUCUCUCUUCCGUCAUGACAAUUUUCUUCUGGUUUCACUCCUUUUUCCUGUUUCCUGCUCUCUCAUUUUUAAAGCAACCGAAACCAAAUGAGACCAAUAAUGUAAACAAAAAAUAUGAUAUCUAUCUAUUUAUCUAUCUAUCUAUCUAUCUAUCUAUCUAUCUAUGUUCAUGUCUAUCUAAGUCUAUUCAUCUCUAUCUACUAAUCUAUCUCUCCGUUCAAGUUUUUUCAUAUCUAUCUAUCUAUCUAUCUAUCUAUCUAUCUAUCUAUCUAUAUUUUUAA